GGCGGGCACGGGCAGCACCCGCCCCGCGCUGCCGCAGCUCCGGCGGAGCCCCGCAGGCUCUGGGGGGACCCCGGCGCCCCCCGUGCCCCGGGGCCAUGGGCAUCCAGGGCAUGGAGCUGUGCGCCGUGGCCGUGGUCAUCCUCCUCUUCAUCGCCGUGCUCAAGCAGUUCGGCAUCCUGGAGCCCAUCUCUGCCGAAGACAGCGGCGAUGCCGACGUGGAGCUGCCGACGGCCCGGCACCAGCCCGAGGAGCUGGAGCAGCUGCUGGCUCGCACCAAGUUCACCAAGACGGAGCUCCAGUCCCUCUACCGCGGCUUCAAGAACGAAUGUCCCAGCGGCCUCGUGGACGAGGAGACCUUCACGCUCAUCUACUCGCGGUUCUUCCCGCGAGGCGACGCCAGCUCCUACGCCCACUUCUUGUUCGACGCCUUCGACGCGGACCGCAACGGCGCUCUGUGCUUCCAGGAUUUCGCCGUGGGGCUCUCGGUGCUGCUGCGGGGCACGGAGCAGCAGAAGCUGAAGUGGACGUUUGACCUCUACGACGUGAACAAGGACGGCUACGUCAGCAAGGAGGACAUGCUGGAGAUCAUGAAGUCCAUCUAUGCCAUGAUGGGCCGCUGCACCGAGGCCGCCCCGGGGGCCAGCGCGCCCGCCCAGCACGUGGAGCUCUUCUUCCAGAAGAUGGACAGGAACGGGGACGGCGUGGUGACCUUCGAGGAGUUCCUGGCCACGUGCCAGGAGGACAAGGACAUCAUGAGCUCCAUGCAGAUCUUCCACAACGUGCUCUAGACCCUGCUCCCCCCGGAGUUUUUCUGCUGUUUCAGACGAAGAAGAGGCAGGAGAAGUCCAGCAUGUGGCUCCCAGAGACAGGACAGGACAAGGACAAGGACGACGUUGCCACCAGAGCCCCCCGGGCACGGUGCUGCCACCCGCCAGACAGACCCAUUUUGGGGGGCUGAGCCCCCCUCGACACGGACCCCCCCCCGGCGGGGCAGGGACAGCACAAACCCGACCCCAGGGACUUGGGGACCCUCGAGAUGGGACCCCGGGUGUGGGGGGUCUCCACAUGGCAGCCGUGAGAUGGAGCCCCCAAACACCGACCCAAAGCACAGCCCCUCCUCCCCCAGCAGCUUGGGGAGGGAGGAUUUUAUAAAUAAACCAAACGGUGACGA